GAACAUUCAACAACAUUCCAGUUUUUUUGUACAGAAUUCUUUGGCAGGCCACAAUAUAAAAAACCUUUUCAGAGACAAGAGUGUCUUUCUUUCUGUGUGUCGAAAAUCCAUGGAGACCAGCCACAGUGGUCCCCCCUUUUCGUGCGUUUAACAGUAUCUGAAUUUUACAGGAUGCAAUUGUAUGUGUUUGUGUGUGUGUGUGUGUGUGUGUGAGAGAGAGACAGUGUGUGUGUGUCAUCUCUGCAUCUCAUUCAUACUGUGUCUCCCUGCAAGCUGAGUCUUUGUGUAGAGCACAAAACCGAUUUAACAGCCUCCAUGUUGGUGACUCUCUGGACUCUGAACAACGGGGGGAAAACAAGCUUUGUAUCAGAAGGAGAAAUGUUUGUCACCGUCCUGUUUGGAGAAAGCAGAACGGAAAUGUUUAACAUCAACUGCAAACUGAUACACUUUGUCCACAAUUUAAAGGAGCGUUGUGGUGUGGACUUGAAAGACUGUGUGGACCUAAUGAACUGCAACGGGACAGUAAUGAACUUAGAAACCAAGCAGCUCAGUGUGGAUCUGGCCAGCAGCUUGCUGGCAGAGAGGCAGCACUAUGUCCUCCUACAAGUUUGUCGAAGCGAUAACAAUGGAGGCCAGAAGUAUAUUUCCCUCAUACACAAUGUCAGCCAGAGUCAUCCAGAAUUAAAAGAGCUCCUGAGGAAAGUGUGCAACCCUGGCCAAGAGCGAGACAAGAAGGUCAGAGGGCGCAUACGCAGGAAGGGUCUGGCCCACCACGGCUGGAGCCAAAAUGUCUGUCAACCAUGAGCAGUGCCCUCCAUCCAUCCGCUCAUUUGAACCUCUUAAUCUGUUGAGGGUCAUAGGCUGAGGGUACGCCCCUCCUGAUUUCCGUUCAAUCGCAGGGCACAUACAGACAAGCAACCACUCACACCUGUGCUCUUAUUGCGGCUCCCUGCUUAGGUCAGCUAUUCAUUGUCAAAGGGAAGAGUAAAUACCAUGUAAGAAAUACAUACAACAUGCUAAAACACUAUAUUGGCAUAUUAAUAAAUUAUAUGUGAGAGAGUGAAGUCGAUCAGUUUAUACCAUAUACCGGGCUA